AAAGGACAUUCUGAUAGCGAGUUCUUUUUCCUGAUUUGUUUCACUUCCGGGAAGGUCAUUUCUUUCUUUAAAAAAAGGGUGGUGGGGAGUUAAUAUGAGAUGACAGGAUCACGUGUGAAUUUGUACUGAUGUAAAGCAGUUCUUUAAGAUAAUUGGAGUCCGUGUUCUUCGAAUUAUCCUGGGGUUACUGAGAACCUACAGCACGGCUUGUCUCUUACAGGACUGCUGGGUCACAAUUUAGACGAAUUGAAGGCGCUUGUGGAGAACACCGUGCGACUCAGGAUCUUCCGUCCCAUUGGUUGCCAAACGCCUUGAGUCUUCCGACACCUUGACCCCGCCCCCAUCCCCACCCCAUCCCCCCGCCCCUCACCUGGUAGGGCAGAAUGUGAGGCCCCUCCCCUUGCCCCUCCCCCCGGGUCCGUGUGCCAGUGCGCUGGCGGGGAGAUGUUUGAAGUGAAGCCCAUGAGCGUGGAGAAGGAGCCGGCCCCCUGCCCCGAUGAGGGCCACAAGGACUGUGGGUCGGGCCCCGCCCACGUUGAGCUGCGCGGCUCGGACGGCGAGUCCCUGUACCUGUACGACAGCCAGGACUGGGCCCUGUCCCCCAGCUGCUCACCUGAAGAGAGCAGCGCCGUCUCCCCCAUGCUGGCUGAGGAGACCUUCCGCUACAUGACCUACCUUGCUUUGGAGCCCUCCUCCUAUUCUCACCCUGGCUCCCACUGCCUCUCUCAAGUCCUCAGUGGUGAUAGGGUGGACCAGAUGACCAAGACCUACAAUGACGUCGAUGUGGUGACACACCUGCUGGCUGAGCGGGACCGGGAUCUGGAGCUGGCCGCGCGCAUCGGCCAGUCCCUGCUGCAGAGGAACCACCUGCUGCAGGAGCGCAACGAGUCUGUGGAGGAGCAGCUGGCAGAGGCCCUGGAUCGGGUGCACCAGCUGCAGCAUGAGCUGAGUAAGAAGGACGAGCUGCUGCGCAUGGUGGCCAGCGCCUCAGAGGAGAGCGAGACCGACUCCAGCUGCUCCACGCCGCUGCGCCACAGCCAGUCCCUGGGCGCCGCGCUCGCCCUCAGCCAGCUGGAGGCGCUGCAGAGCAAGCUGCAGGAGCUGGAGGAGGAGAACCUGGCCCUCCGCUCUGAGGCGACGCACCUGAAGACAGAGACCAUCACGUAUGAGGAGAAGGAGCAGCAGCUGGUCAGCGACUGCGUGAAGGAGCUCCGGGAGACUAACAGCCAGAUGGUGGCGCUGACGGACGAGCUGUCGCGGAAGAACGAGGAGGUGCUGCGUCACCAGGAGGAGAUGGCCCAGCUGCUGGCCCAGAUCGUGGACCUGCAGCACCGCGUCAAGGAGCUGGCCCUGGAGAAGGAGGAGCUGAGGAUUCACCUGCAGGCCUCCAAAGACGCUCAGCGGCAGCUCACUGCAGAGCUGAACGAGCUGCAGGACAGGAACGCGGAGUGCGUGGGGAUGCUGCACGAGUCUCAGGAGGAGGUCCGGGAGCUGCGCAACAAGUGCACGCCGUCUGCAGGCCUGCGCAGACACCUGCCCUACGGCCUGUUGCCCAUGGACUCUCUUGCUGCUGAAAUCGAGGGCACUAUGCGGAGGGAGCUGAGUUUGGAGGAGGAGAGCACUAUGCAGGAGCAAAAGAGUGCCCAGCAGCGCGUGUUCCAGACGGUGCGGUCGAUAAACGAGUCGGCGCGGCCGCACCUCCCGCCGCGGCCCAUCCCCGGCUCCGCCCGCAGCAGCGUGGUGAUGACGGCCCAGCCCUUCCUGUCUCAAACGCCCCGCGGGGCGGAGUCCUCCGAGGGCGCCUGCAAGCAGGGGGCGCGGCCCGAGCAGCCCGGCUCCCCGGGAGGAAGUGACCUCGUCUCGGCGCUGCACCGCCUCUCGCUGCGGCGGCAGAACUUCCUGUGCGAGCGGCAGUUCUUCCAGGCGGAGCGGGACAGGAAGCUGCAGGCCCCGGCCGGGGACGGGCCCGAGGCGGACGGGGAGGGGAGCGACUGCGGCUCCCCCCGCGGCAGCGCCUUCUCCUCCUUCUCCAACUUCUCCGAGCUCUCGGGCGCCUCCGGCUGCUUCAAGACCUACCUGCCCGAGAAGCUGCAGAUCGUCAAGCCCAUGGAAGGUUCUCUGACGCUGCACCACUGGCAGCAGCUGGCCCAGCCCCACCUGGCCACCAUCCUGGACCCCCACCCGGGCGUGGUCACAAAAGGGUUCCGGCCUCUGCCCCAGGACGCCGUGUACCACCUGACCGACCUGGAGGAGGACGAGGAGGAGGCGGCGGUCCGGCGGGGGGACGGCGCGCCUGAGAAACGAGGAGGCGAGGAAGAGGAGGAAGAGGAGGGAGGGAUCACCUUCCAGGUGCAGUGCGCGUCCACGCCGGGGGAGAAGAAGGAGAGGGAGGGUGAGAGCGGGCCCCCCGGCUCGCCCGUGAGCUCCCGGCCCCCGUCCCCGGCUCGUCGCGCCUCCCCCGCCCCCCCUCCCCCGGGCCCCUCGGUCGCCCCCGCGUCUUCUGCACCCUUCCCGCCGGUAUCUCAGAUCCUCAGCACGCCGGCCUCCUCUUCAGCUCAGAACCCUGGGAAGUGUCUGAGUUCCACCUUCUCCACCUACACCUUUACCACCUGCCGGAUCCUGCACCCCAGUGCUGUCACCCUGGUCACCUCAAGCUCUAUGUCUUGUCCCUCGGUGUCGGUGCGUGAGGACACGCCCAGCUCCCUGCGCCCGGGCCCCAGCACGCCGGUGACGCCGUGCCGGCUCAGCCUGGGCGACUCCUUCCCCCCGCGCCGCCCCGCCGCGCCCCGCGGGCUGGCCAGGCUGCUGCUGGAGAAGGGCAUCUCCGCCCAGGCCAAGGCCGCCCCCCGCCCGCCCCCCGGCACCCCGCCCAACUCGCCGUCCCGCUCCCCCGCCGCCUCGCCCCUGCCCUUCGAGACGCGCCCCGCCUCCGCGGACAACUUCCUGGCCUCGCGCCCGGCCGAGCUCUUCCUCCAGGAGGUGUACGGGCUGAACCUGGGGCGGUCCCGGCCCGACCUGCCCGGCCCCGCCCAGCCGCUCUCUCGCCCCCACAGGCCCAGCCGGGUCAGCGUCAACCUGGUGGAGCAGGUGCGCCGGCUGGGCUUCGCCAAGGUGCUCCAGGGGGCGGAGUCCGACGGGCUGCGUCGCCAGGACUCCGCCACCUUCCUGGCGACGGGCGGGGGGAGCCUGCUGGACGGCCUGCGCAGGAACCAGAGCCUUCCCGCCAUGGUCGGCGGGGGGCGGGGCCCGUCCAUCUGCAGUCCCUCGCAUCCGGCCCCGCCCCUUCACCCGACCACUCUCUCCCUCCCCAUUCCCUCCUGGGGCAGCCUGAAGGAUCGAAGCUCCACCCCCACCUCUUCCGCCUCCCCGUCACAAGUCCAGCUGCCCCCACAUAAAGUCUGAGGAGCUCGCUGGAGAGGAGAGACUGGAGAGUGAUUGAGUGAUUGAUGGGCAAAUCCACCAAUGACGUUCUGUACUGAAGCACGUGACCCUUUGAUACUCCCUCCCCUUAUUGUCCCAGCCCCAGAAGCUGACUGACACGGGGAGCGACUGAGGACCUGUGGGCGACAUGGCAGAAGGGAAAUGCUCCAUUUGAAUCCCUUUAUUGUUUCCUUUAAGCACAAUUUAUGGAAAUGUGUAUAUAUUUUUGCAGGGUUUUUUUCCUGAUGUAAGCACUAAGGCGUUGUUCACAUAUGAAGGGGAGGUUCUUCUGCCCGUGUGAGCUCUCCUGCAGCCGUGAGGCCGUCCUUCGCUUUUAUUUAAGUCCUCAGGUGUGUUAUUAUCAGUGUUUGCUGUGAAGCCCUGGGCACCACAGAGGAAGAGAGGGAGGAGAGAAGUCGACGAAGGCAAGGGAAAGUGAGAAAGAUAAGCAGAGGGGUUGGUGAAGAGAGAGAGAGAGCGGUGUUCCGUGCUGGUAGGUCCCAGUGAAAGGAUGUGGAGAGAAAAAUGAGAGGUGGAGAGAGAAGGAGAAGGGAGGUGACUCAGGAAGGAAGGAACGCGAAGGUGAAGUGUGGAGAGUGAGCAGAGCUUCGGGCGAUGUUUGUGUGUCCAGGUCUUCAGCAGCUGUGGGAGACUGCAGAUGAAAUGCGGUGACAGAUGUGCAGCGUAAAUGCCUGACGCCUUGCCAUUUCCCCGCGUGACAAGACCGCUUCCCGUGCUGUACCUGCGUUGCGUGAGGUUACACUUCCAGCUAGAGAGUUUCAGUGUUAUCUUUCCGGUGAACCUCAGGUUAUUAUUCCUUUGUUUUGCUGUCGUUCGUUUUGUGCAAUACAAGCCCGUGGCCCUGGGAUGCUUCCAGCACGGCCUGUGACAUUUGCACAGCGUACGGCGUGAUCUACCGCGGUGACGGAGCGUAGAAACGUGUCACUUCCUGCCAGCUGGAGCCCCCGUCACACGUGUCUAGCGUGCUGGUAUGAGACCGGCCUGGAGGCUAUGAUGUAAUCUGUGUAACUGAAGCAGCCGUCUGGCUUUUAAGUAGUGUACGCACUACUCGUGUUCAACAUGAAAUGGGUCUUUACCUGAAGGGAAAGCCCAGCGCUUUUCAUAUUUAUGAAUGUGUUGCCAUACGCGCAUAUUUGAGUAUAUAUAUGAGUUUAGAGCCAACAUGUCCACAUGGGCCUGACCUAUGGAGCGGAGGAUUGUGGGAAGAUGAAACUCCUUAGAAUGGACUCUGACCCCCAUGUGCCACUGCGGUGGUGGAGCUGUGGCACUGACCCAAAGAUGGUAUGAAAGCCAGGUUCAUUCGAGCCCCACUACAGCCUAAGUGAGAACCACAGUGUUUUUAAUCUGGUGCAGGUGUGGUUUUGUGUUGGUGUGACAUUCUUGAACUUUCCGGGUGUGAAGCAGGAAGUGACAGACUGGGGCUGUAGAGAGUAGUGACAGUUUGCUGAAAUGGGAGUGUGAUCUUGUUCUGUGGUUCUCAAAUAUGGUUCCCUACUGUGGCUGUUGAAUGUUGGGCAGCUAUACAGGCAGCUAAGGGGCAGACCAUCUAAGGAAAGUUUUUUUUUUCUGGGAGUAGAGAAUGAGUUGAUGAUAUGAUAUAUUCUAACAAAGGAGAUGGCGAUUACCUGUGUGUGACAUUUGGCCCUUGAGUCCACAGAUGUCCAGUACGGCCUCUGUCUGUUUUCUCUCUAACAGCACUUAAAUAUUUUUUUCAUUAAUGUCUGUUAUCACUAAUAGGAUUAUCUCAUAAUCUGUGGUUAGAACACAUAAUUAAGUAUUUUACAUGUAAUAUGAGUAUACAUUAGCAUUAUAGAGACAAUUUAUGAGAAAUAACAUUGUGUUUCAUUUAUUGCAGAUAAUUUUAAUAUAUAUGUAGCCUAUGUAUGAGUUUGUUUUUGUUCUGUCGUACAAAUAAUGGACAAAAGGUUAGACAAACUGAAGUGUUUGAAGCUAUGUCAGUGCAAACCAAAACUGUUUCUGAAAGGGAACAGGCAUGUGUUUUAAUGGCAGCCGUCUGCCAUGGAGACGGGAGCGGCUGUCUGGCUCUGGAGUGGUGGGCGAGAGCGAGGCAGCGGUCACUUGCAGCUCCUAAAGCAGACCUCCAAACCCCCGGGUUCUUCGUUUCGUCUUCGUUGGUCUUCGUUUGCUGGGUUUCUCAAAAACGCCAGCUGUCUGUUACUUCAUGAACCAAAUUGUUUCUCAGCAUGCUUUUUUUUUUUUUUUACAGUCCUGCAAACGAUAAGCCACAGUCGAACGCUGACGUUGUGCCCUACCCGCACGUUUUAUUUUAGAUUUCGUUAGCGCGUGGGUAUACGUACAAAGCUAGCGUACGCGCAGAACUCCAGACAUUGAGUUUGACUGCCUGGGUUGGAACUCGGUGGCACACAGAACAGUGCUGCACCUGUGGCUUGUAACCAAGAUGGUAUUCUGAGCUCUAAAAUGGCGGCAGGGGACUGCCAGUCAACUCCAUCCACUGACUACCCUCUGAAUCUUCCUGGAAAGAACCGCUGAGACACCACGACAGCCAAGCAUGCAUUUUAACAGAGAUGGCCAGGAGAUGUCAGGAGAUGGCCUUCUGUCAGGAGAUGGGCUUCUGUCUAGUCCUUAGUGAGAUAUUACUCAUUUCUUAACGGCUCAUCUCAGUAUGACUGGUGCUCGUGGCAGAUGUGGUUGCAGCGCUUCUUUUCAGGAAGAGAUGUCUGAGUUGGGGAGGCUGAGGCCGGAUGUGUCUCUCAGCUCUCUGCUUGGGUCCUGUGGGUGCGUUCAGAAAGACUGCUGUAUAACUCCUCUGUGCCUGCCCCCAACAAAUGUAUCAGUGUUAAUCAUUCUGCGGUCUCAUUUUUAAAUAAAGG